AAAAAUGGCGCUCCUUUAUUAAGAAACGAAAGUAGGACGCGAUGGACGGAAGUGUACAGGAAGUGGCUGUUUAUGGCUGUACAGCGAGGACAAGAGAUAUUACAGAUUGUGUAUAUCGACUAGUUGUAAUGACUGGGCUGGAUGGAAAAAAAGUUUUGAAAUUGCUUCCAGCUUCUAAACCUUUAAAUAACUUGAAGCCUCUGGUUCAGUCUCCAGUCGUGUCUCAUGCUGUUAAAGGAAAUGUUUCACUAUCUGUUCAUGAUUAUGCGAAGACUUCAUUUGCAAGUACUAUUACAUCUGCUGCUGCUAAAAUCUCUAAAUUAAAGACCAUUGCAGCCAGGCGUUUAAUUUUACCGAAGCCUUUAAAUCAACUAGAACAAGUUAAUGUAACACUUGUUGUAAAACAAAAUCCAAUUACAUUAACAGUUUCUGGCAUUCAGAGUAGUUAUUCAGCUGAUAGAUCAUCCUUGCAGAAAUCUUUUGCUCCAAUUUAUUUGGACACAAGCACAACAGUUGUGAAAAUAGAAAAUACUCCACUUUCCAUAAAACCGCCAAUGUUACCUUCUGACCACCACCUUCAAAUACCCGCUCAUACUAAAGUUAAAACUCUUCCAGUUUCUGUUUUGCCACCAGUAAUUCAGGACAAAAUCCUGGCUACAGUUGCAGCCUCAAAUACUUCAGGGACAGAUGAAAAUAACAAUGCACCAAUUUUUGUAUCACCAGUAAAUACAGUGAAAAUGCCUGCUUCUGAAUCCUUGGAAACAAAAUCAGUGGGAGAAGUAUCCAGUUCUUUAAUACUGGCAACACCACAGGAGUUUGUCAAUAGCUCUGCUAUAGAAGUAUCAACCUCUGGUAGUAUGGAAAAUAAGAUGGGUCCUAUCAAAUGGGUUGUUCAUGAAAAUCCACAGUCAUCAACAUCUUACCUUGUCCCUGUAAAAUCAUCUAACAAGGUGGCAUCUGAGCUCUUAAAAACUGAUAUGAAAAAUACCAAAAACAAUUCUACCAGUAUUUUGCCUGUUUGUUCUAUCAGCCUCCAUGAAAGUCAUGCAAAAAUGCCUUCUAUAAAAGAUGAUACUCUAACAAUGUGCAACGGUGUUGCAAAGUUGUAUUUACUGGCUAAGAAGGAGGGUAAUAUUUUAUCAACAUUCAAGCUUAGCAAGCAAGAAAGCACAAUUGUCAGAAAACAAACAUCAGAAUUAAUUAGUUCAGUUAUAGAUAAUGCCAUAACUAAUCAGGUUAUCAAUCUUGUUUUAUCAAAAAAUAAAAGGAUUGCAUCUAAUGUGAAAGAAUCUAAAUUCAGUGAUAAUACAACACCGUAUCUAGAAUCUGAAGUAAAUAAGAAUUUUAAAACAGAAUCAACACCUUCUGCUUCACCACAUAACAAUCUUCAAAUAAGCAGUAUCAGCCAACAUGAAGCAGUGUCCUCAGGGAGGAGUGCUUCCAUUGGGAUAAAUGUUGCUCAGAAAUAUGUCACAAAAGAAAACACAUAUGAUAGUACACAUAAAGAUCUUUCUUCUAAAGCAGCUACUGAUCCUACAUCACCAUCUGAGGUACAUCAUGCAAUCAAAGAAGAAGAAGAACAGGUUAAAAUAUCUUCAGGAAUGCCAAUUUGGAUGAAGCAUAUCCAAGAACAACAGAAAAAACAGUAUCUUCAGUUGAGAAAAAAAUUUGGUCUCUUUAAAGAAGAGAGAGUUUAUCUUAGGAGAGUUUCAUCAGUUCCAUCUAAAAAUUCAGAAGCAUCUGUAUUUUCCAACAGUGUACAAAUGAAUGACAUUGAUAAUCUGAUGUCUACACCUAUAAAAAGUGAAUCUGAAAAAGAAGAAACGAUAAUUGGGGAAGAAGGAGGGAAGUUGAAUAUAAAGAGGAAGAUAAAAGCAAUAUCAGUUUUAGAAAAUCCAAAGAAGAGAAAAAAUGAUGUUACAACAAUGCAGAACUCUGACUUUGAGUGUAACAGCUCUUAUUCAGUAAUGGAAAACUUGAAUAAUUCUUGCACACAGAACUUAUCGGAACAAGAACAUUCUAGUUUUCUUCAGUGUCCUCAUAACGUCUCAGAUCCUUGGGUUUGUAACAACUCUGAAGUGGACAGAGUUUUGAAGUCUACUUCGAAUUGCCAUGAAAAUGAAACUGCUCUCGGUGAAAGUUCUUUCAAAAAGGAUAUUUUUCCUUUCAGCCCCCCAGACUUGGAAGAAACAAUAAAAGAUGAGAAAAUAACAAGGCUUAAACUAUUGCUGAGGGAACGAGAAGCAGCCUUAGAAGCACUUCGAAAAAAAAUGCAUCAAUGUUAAAAAAGCUAGUUUGCAAAUUGCUAAAAUGUUACCUGUUGCUGUUCAUUUAACAUAUAAUAAAUCUAAUUUUCCUAAUGUU